UUGCUUAAUGUGUGCAAGGGGGUGGGGAAGCGAAAAAAAAAAAAAAAAUCAACAUUUGUUUUCUUAGAACUGUGUCUUCCUUCAAGGGAGAGCUGAAAAAACAGGUAGUUGUUUAAAACCCUUGACUGACAAAGAAGUAGCCUCUAAGUUCUAAAAAAACUGUUCUGAAGAAGGAAUUUGACAGAAAUCUGGAUUUAUCCACAAAUUGGAUAAUUCUUCAAACAGCAUCACAACAAGGCCAUGUCUUCAUCUGAAUUAGAUGAAUAUUAUGAAGAAGUUGUAGAUCAACUCAAUUGUAAUGCUUCAUUCUGUCCACCAGACCCAUCAGAAGCAUCACCGGUGGCUCCGGGAUAUUGUACAGAUGUAACGUGUGCUUUAUUGGCUGUUGCAAAUGUCAUAAUUGUGCUUCUUGGUAUUGCUGGAAAUGGUUUGGUGAUCUGGAUCGCAGGGUUUAAGAUUAAGAAAACAGUCAAUGCUGUCUGGUACCUCAGCCUGGCUGUGUCCGACUUCCUCUUCUGUGCCUUCCUGCCUUUGUCUGUUGUCUAUAUUAUUAGAGGAGAAUGGGAAUUUGGGAGCUUCAUGUGCAAGUUUGCGUCCUUCAUCUUGACCCUCAAUAUGUUUAGCAGCAUCUUCCUUCUCCUCAUCAUCAGCGUGGAUCGUUGUGUUUUAGUGAUGUUUCCUGUAUGGGCGCAAAACAUGCGCAACCUACGCAGGGCCUUGGUAAUGGUUUUGCUAGCCUGGAUUGGCUCAGCGUUGCUGAGUCUUCCGAUGGCCAUUUUCCAACAAUUAGAUAAAAAGCACAAGAAAUGUUUCAGUAACUACCAGAAGGACGAAGAACACAUCGCUGUAACGAUAUGUCGAUUCAUUUUUGGUUUUGUGAUCCCCUUUCUGUUUAUCAUAACCUGUUAUUUCUUCAUUAUCCGGAAGCUGAGAAGUAAUCAGAUGGCGAGGUCCAAAAAACCGUUUAAGGUCAUGACAACACUGAUAGUGGCUUUUUUCAUAUGCUGGAUGCCGUAUCACAUUUUUAAAUUAUUAGAAUUAAACGUAGAUUAUGAACAUGUCAUACCUACUGGGCAAAAAUUUGGAAUCACUCUUGCCAGCGCCAACAGCUUUAUGAACCCUUUGCUUUAUGCUUUCAUGGGAAAGGACUUUAAAAGAAAAUGUUAUGCAAUUCUCUCCAAGAUUGAGAGCACAUUUGAGGAAGAAACCCGGAGUACACACCGAGGGACGUCUAUUACUUACCCAGGAGACAGCAAACUUUUGACUACUGUUUAAAGCGAAUCCUACAUUAGCAAAAACAGUGAACUAGAGAAAUGCAAAUAUUUCAUAUUUCAAUAAUCUGUGCUAAUAGUCGACUCAGUGCACAAUAAUCUCUGCUUAUAAUAGUGUACUGUAUGUUGAAGAAAAACAUUUAGACAGAAGUAUUACAUUUACUUCAUGAUAUGAAUUUAUGUACUUUUUAUUUUUUUUUAAAGAAAUGAAUUUUAAAAAUAGAAAAAAGAGAAGGUUAUGGUAAGAAAUUUAUCACAGUUCUGUAAAUGGGAAAAAAACAUUUGAUUGUUAGCAAAUUGUUCAUCUACACAAACAAUAAAUCACUUUAGAUUAUUUUUUAAUAACAUGACAUUGAUUCCUUAUUCAACUGUAACUGGUUUCUGCAGAAAAGUUCAUGAAAUGAUUUCAGUGUAUUUAUUUUCACCUUUUUCAUCUUCUUUCUGAACCUUGUUAUUAUAGUGUUUAGUUUUAUUUAUUUUUUUAUUUAUUCUGUCAUUUUCUUUUACUAAUGUAUAAUUCAGUGCUGUUUUUUAAAUCAUGUUAAAAUGAAUAUAAUUUGUAUGUUGUUUUUUAUUUCAUACCUUUAAUUCUACAUUAAAACAUUAAUCCUG